AUGAAAUAUCCAAGUACUUUAAUUUGUGCCUGUAGUGAAAUAUCAAUAAAAUAUGAAGAGUUUAUUGAACUUACACCAGUUUAUCAUGAAAUUUGUUCGUCAAAUUUUGUGAAUCAAAAAUGGAUUGAUCAUUUAUUUCAAAUAGGUAACCUGUAUCAUUCAAGUUUUCAUGACGUAGCAUCACUUCAAUUUCAAGCACUUAAGUCACUAUGUCGAUUAACAAAAGAAACGAUUAAUUCAAGUUUAACACAAUUUUAUUCAACAAGAUUAAUCACGAAUCAAUUAAUCAGUAAAAAUAUUUUUGAAAAUAGAAUUGAUGAAAUUAUUAAUUUAUUUAAAAAAUCAACACGACACACAUUCAAAGAAAUCUUUCAAAUAGCUCGUGAAAUUUUUCAUGGGAACACUUUGUUAUCAAUUAACGAAAAAACUUGGAAAUAUCAAAUUUUCCCGGUAAAUGGUAAAUCAAUUGUUUAUGCAAUACCGGUAACAUAUAAUAAUGGGCAAUGUACAUGUGGAACAUCGUUACAUUGCGUAGAAUUAGCUAUGCUCAAUAAUACACCUAUUGAUGGUUUAUUUUUUGGUUGUUAUCCAAUUGAAGCUAUGUUAAAUUCUUCACUUGAAUGUCUCUAUAAUGAAACAUGUUUAGAUUUAAUUCUACCUAGUUUUCAUCAAGAUUUGAUAAAUAUAACAAUUCAACCUUUGCAAUCAGAAACUAAAUUUGGUAUUAGGGAAACUGUUCAACACAUGAUUGAUCGAUUAUUUGUUAAUGAAUGGAAUAAGAAUUAUUCUUAUCUAAAUUAUUCAAGAAAAUGUAGUUCGACAGAAUGUAGUUAUUCAUUUAUACAGAAUUUUGGUGCGUUGCAUAUACUUACAACUAUUCUUGAUUUAUACGGAUGUUUAACAAUAUUACUAAGCCUUUUGAUUCCAUUUAUUAUUGGAGUUUUCUUUCGAAUAUAUGACAGAAGAAGACAAAUGGUUAUUGCACCAGAUAUAAUGACGGUAGAUUAA